GCCGAUCAGAAGCCAACUCUCUCGCUGGGAGCUCUGAUCCACCAAAGUGCCGAUCAGAGACAUCAUGCGGCCGCUGAGGCUGCCGCAGAGGCUAGGGCGGCCCUGGCAGAGGCUAGGGCGAGCUCUGCGCCGCCCGAGACGCAGCAGAAUCAGACGGUGCAGUCUCCAACCAGCUACCUACCGGCCACCACGUUCGUCAAGCCCAAGUCCAAGAUGGAGCUGCAGGUGGAAGAGGCCAUUCUGCAGGAGCACCACGAGAAGGACAUGAUUGUCGACCAGCCGUACCGGACAACCCCCCUGAUCACCCCCGGGGCGAAGGUCAAGCGCGACACUCCCAUCGUGGCCUCCUAUCUCAACAUGCACCCAGACCCCCAGGUGCGGGGAGCGGCUCCUCACGUGUCCCAGGUCAGCAGCGGUCUGAACAGCAUGCUCGGAUCGGCUAACGAACAGCUCGCUAGAAAGGUUGCUACGAACGUCCGAAACGCCGCACAGGAUCGUCCCGAUUCUGGACGUGUUCACACCCCGAAGAUUAUUCACCACCAGUUCAACACGCCGGCUAAUCUCUACAGUCAGGAUAACAUGGCCAGCAGUAUCCAGCAGCAGACUGGAAUUGCCCCUCAGGUGAGCGGGGCUCCCCGAAAGGAGUUCAGCAUCCAGAACUCGGAGACUCUCAAGAUGAUCCUGGAGGAGGACCAGCAGAAGCCUGCCACGCAGCACAAGCCCAAGUCGCACGUCGUCUAUGAUGUUCACGAGGCCAAGGUACUGCGUCCCUAUCGUUACUAAGAGCCAAGAGGCACAACCGCCCACCGCCGCCGCCCGCCGCCCAACCGCCGCCUGCCGAAGUCAAAACCUACCGCCCGCCGCCAACCGCCAACAGCCCGCCGCCUCGGCUGUUCCCGCUGCCUGCCGCCAGCUAGAACCCUAUCAAGUGA